UCCACAAUGACCGGCCACGGUAAGGGAGGUAAAGGUCUGGGAAAAGGUGGAUCCAAGCAUCAUCGCAAGGUCUUGUGCGACAAUAUCCAGGGUAUCACUAAGCCUGCUAUUCGCCGUUUGGCUUGUCCUGGUGGAGUCAAGAGAAUCUCCGGUCUCAUCAAUGAAGAAACCCGUGGUAAAUUUAAGGUAUUUCUUAAAAAAGUCAUUCGCAAUGCAGUGACUUACACAGAGCAUGCCAAAAGAAAAACCGUUACGUCAAUGGAUAUUGACUACAAUGACUAUGACCAAUAA